AUGAAAGAGGAGUGGGCUGAUGAUGGAGUAGCUCUGAUUCCAGGAGUAGACGUUAAUCUCAGGGCUGAACCGCUACCAUUAGCCAAUGGACACAACCAAAUAGACCAGAAUCAUCAUGAAAAUUCUCUCAAGCCGCAGGAGAGUAACCGUUAUGAUCAAGAUGAGGAAGCACUCAAACAAGCUCCGUUACCUCUCCUCCAGUACAAACGCAGACGCCAAAACGAGCCCACCAACAACAACAGCUCAAUCAGGACCACACAGGACCACUGUUCGUCCACAAUAACAACCGUAGACAAUACACCAACCUUAAUCUCAUCAAUUGCUGCUGCUGCCACCAACACAGCCAUCUCUGCAUUGCUAGAGUUCUCUCUCAUGGGUAUCUCCGACAAGAAAGAAAACCUUCAGCCUCCUCGCAAGGAAACUUAUUCUCCUCCUGCUCCACUUCCAUCUCAUGAAGAGAAGCUGAAUGAUCUCCAGAAGGAGGUUCAUCAGAUGUCUAUUGAGAGAGAAACUUUCAAGCUUGAGAUGAUGAGUGCAGAGGCUAUGAUCAGUAUUCUCCAGUCCGGGAUCGAUGCUCUGCGUCAGGAGAACCAGUAG